CCAUCUGUUGCUGCUCAGCCCUUCUUCAGACAACACCUGCCGGCGCUGCUCCGCUCUACAUCAGUACCCCGCCAGCUCAUUCAUGUAUGAUGUCAGCAUCAGGCGCUGAGAAGCUCUCUGCGUACGCGGGUGGCCUCCACCUGCUCAGCAACGUGGUCAGGGAGAAGUGGGCGAACCUCAAGGACAGCGAGCAGCGGCCAUCGCUGGCCGCCCUUAAGAGGAAGACUGCGGCCACCAUCUUGAAUGCUCGUGAGAACGCUGCACGACACCUCGGAGAUGACCAAGAAGACAGCGAUUACGCUCACAUAUUUAGACCAAAAAGUCGCUUGGAGAUGGUGCGCAUAUCAGCGGCCGUGAUGGGCAUCGAGUUUUGCUACGCCGCAGAAACAGCUUUUGUUUCGCCCACCCUCCUUAAGAUCGGUGUUCACCACAGCCUCAUGACGCUCAUCUGGUGCCUCAGCCCCAGUAUUGGCUUCUUCCUAACGCCCGUGCUGGGCUCUCUCAGCGACAGAUGUCAGUCAAGCAUGGGCAGGAGAAGGCCUUUCAUUCUUUUACUAUCUAUAGGACUAAUUUUCGGUUUGAUCUUGGUACCUAACGGGAAGCUCAUGGGCCAAGCGCUGGGCGAUACCUUCUACCAGCCUCCCCUCAACACGCCUGAAGCUUCCAAUUGGACCAGCCCGUACGCUGUGACACGCGAGCUUGAGUUCGAUGAUCGGGAAUCGAGCCCAGCCAACAUGUCGGCACCAGGAGGUCAGGACCAUCACCCAUGGAGCAUUUUCUUCACCAUCGUCGGCACAAUUCUACUUGACUUCGAUGCUGACGCCUGUCAGAGUCCCGCCCGAGCUUAUCUUCUGGACGUCACAAUUCCUGAGGACCAUGGCGUUGGACUAUCAACGUUCACGAUCAUGGCGGGCCUGGGGGGCAGCACCGGCUACGUCAUGGGGGCCAUCAACUGGGAUGCCAACUUUAUUGGUUGGUUAUUCGGCGGUCACAUCAGAGCGGUGUUCACGCUGGUGCUCUUCAUCUACCUGGUGUGCGUUGUGUGCACCAUCACCGCGUUCAAGGAGAUCCCUCUUGCCAGGCUACUCUCCGUCUCCAAACUCUUCAAUGUCAACGACACAAACUUGGGAGAGUGUGUGCCUCUGGAGUCCAGAUUAACUGGUGAGCAGAAAGCUCUACCUAAAGUCUACGGGAGCGUCUCUACCUCGAUGGAUGGCAUUACUGCAACAUCUACGGUUGACAAUACCAUUAAUGCAUAUCAGACGCUCAGCAACGAUGAUCACCAAACCAAAGAAACAUCUUUUUUCGAGCAGACGCCGCAGGAAACUACGCAAACACAAAAAAGUCCUCAGUCACUGCCAGACCAAGCCAUCUUGGAGGAAGCUCCUGACGCAACACUCAAGCAAUACCUGCUCUCUAUUGUCUACAUGCCUCGGAGCCUGCGGGUGCUGUGCCUGACGAACCUCUUCUGCUGGAUGUCCCUGGUGUGCUACUCCCUCUACUUCACUGACUUCGUGGGGGAAGCUGUGUUUGGGGGAGACCCUGGGGCUCCGGAGGGGUCGCAGUUGCAGCAGCUGUACGAGGCGGGUGUGCGCUUCGGCUGCUGGGGGAUGGCGCUGUACUCGCUCUCCUGCUCCUGCUACUCCUUCGUCAUCGAGAAGCUCGUCAAGAGAUUUGGUGCCCGGAAGGUAUACGUGUGUGGCCAGCUCGUGUACAGCCUGGGCAUGGUGCUGCUAGCCACCACCCCCACCCGCACCGCAGUGAUCGUCCUGUCUACCACAGCCGGGGUGAUGUACUCCACCCUCUUCACCAUGCCCUACUUGCUCGUCGCUCACUACCACGCCACGCAAACUGUUGGAUUCGAGAGAAGCCAAACGAUUGAAAAAUCAACACUAAAUGUUCAAAAGUCUGCUGAUCAAGGAGGAAAUGGAUCAACAACUUGUCAACAAAUUCGCGGGCUUGGUACGGAUGUAGCGAUUGUUUCAUCGAUGGUCUUCCUGGCGCAGUUUAUCCAGGCUCUGUGCAUGGGGUCGUUUGUCUCAGCCUACGGCUCCACAGCCGCUGUUGUUAUCGCAGCUGCAGUUUUCUCGUUCUGUGGGGCCAUGUGUGCUACGCAAGUAGAGUACUUGGAUCUGUAAACUUAUUGCCAAUCAUCGAAUUCUUGUCGUAACUAUAGACAUCUCUUUCUUUUACUGAACACAAGGAAAAUAGUUGAGUGGAAGACGAAUUUGUUGAUGGAAGGAUGAAAACGCGGAUACGACUUCGUAGUUCAUCAAAAAAUGAAGACGCCGUUCCUUUUCUACUGAGCGUUUAGAUUCAAGAGUGUCACAAAUUCUGGAGCUUCUUGUAACGAUUCGUAGUAUUAUGGCAAGAAAUUACGGUCGUGGUCAGGAAAACCAUCUGCUGAAGAGGCCAUGAUAAUUAAUUAAACAUUAAGAAUGUACGCGAGGAUUAAGAAAAAUUAUCAUGACAUCCCGUCUUGUACAAUUAGUGAUGGAAAUAUGUUCUUUCUACAUUUUUAUUUAUUGACGAAACUUCCCAUGAGAAACUGUUUUAUUAGUCGCUUGAAAAUGUACAGACACGAUUGAUAAAUCGUAGAUUUGAAUAUAAAUCAGCAAUUGUGGGAUAAAAUGAACGAUUUUAUAACUAGUAGAAUAUGAAUGAUUUUCGGUUGUUUCGGAUGUCUCGUUAGUUAAUUAAUAGUUUUAAGCACAAAACCACAUAACUCCGAAAUUAAUUUAAAUACAUCAGAGAGAAUUUAUGCUGAUACUUGAAAUAAUUGUGCUGAGUUUGUUACGAUAAAUUUAGACAUUUCUUUCGAAAGAUCGUAAGGACGUUUAUGGACUUUUAAGUAUUUUUUUCGUCUACAUAAAUUGGGAACUAUAUAACUAUAUAAACUAUAUUUGGAAGGGAGUAGAAAGAAGAAGGCUCACUGAAACAUCUUGGAUGAGUGUAAGUGCAGGUAAAUUAGUAAAGAGUGAACAAGGAAUAAACUUGUUUUUAAACAUUUUUUAAUAUAAAUCUGUUAAAAAUUACUUAUUUAAAGUAGAAAUGUUGAUGUGCUCGAUAAGAUUAAAGUUGAAAAAGAAACACAAGUUGAAUACACAAAACUUGCAAUGCAUUCUUCUUUUGCAUCGGCCUCUAAUUUUCCAUAUGAACUUUUUUAUAAAGUUAAUUCUGUCAAGACAACCACUGCUUGCCACAUAUUAUCGAUUUAAUUUCCUCAUGAAUUCCAGCUUCUAAUGAAAAAGGGAUAAUUGAUAAUGCGAGAUUAUUAAAUCUAUAUUUUAAUAAUAUUAAAUAAUGUGAAUACUAUCAAAUCAGGCUCUUCCGUCUGUAGGUCUUUACAUAAAUCUUCCCAUCACAUAUUAACUUUAAAAAUGCCAAAGACAGUCAUUUAUUGACAUCAGCUAUAUAAUGUUUGCGAUUAAAAUCAGUGUUCUCUGCGUUCAUAUUGCUCCCAAAUUUAAAGUGAAAAUAGUCGUUCAAGUGUUGUAUGACGCAUAAACAUCAAGGAAAUGCACCGAUCUCUACAAGUUUUCCUCGUAACAGCAGAAAGGUAGAAUCAGUCCUAAUAAAUGAUAUAACAGUCAACUCCUAUAUAAUUGCAAAGGCUUAUGAUGAAAUGCUUAGCUAGGCCUAUCCUGUUCCCUAUCUCUGUUGUAAUCUAGGACAUACUUGGCCUCUUUGAGUGACAAUAUCUGUGUUGAAUUGUUGACUAAUUUAGAAACAUUCG